GCAUUGCUCCGACCAUGUGAACCGUGAUUUGAACGACCUGACCGCAAAACAACGAGGCAGAGCCGAGUCAGAGAACGACCUGACCGGAAAACAACGAGGCAGACCGAGUCAGAGCCGAGUAGAGCCGAGUCAGAGCGGAGGCAGAGAGAGAGGAAAGAUGGCAGCCGCGGCAGUGGCUGAGUUUCAGAGAGCACAGUCUCUUCUGGGAACAGACCGGAAUGCCUCUAUCGAUAUCUUACAUUCUAUAGUGAAGCGGGACAUCCAGGAGAGUGAUGAGGAGGCGGUGCGUGUUAAAGAGCAGAGCAUCCUGGAGCUCGGUGGGCUGCUGGCCAAGACAGGACAGGCUGCAGAACUCGGGGGUCUGCUGAAAUAUGUACGCCCCUUCCUUAACUCCAUCUCCAAGGCCAAGGCAGCCCGGCUGGUCCGCUCCCUGCUGGACCUGUUCCUGGACAUGGAGGCUGCCACGGGUCAGGAGGUGGAGCUCUGCCUGGAGUGCAUAGAGUGGGCCAAGGUCGAGAAGAGGACCUUCCUCAGACAGGCUCUAGAGGCUCGUCUCAUCUCACUGUAUUUCGACACAAAGUGCUACCAGGAGGCACUACAACUCGGCACCCAGUUGCUGCAGGAGCUGAAGAAGAUGGACGACAAGGCCCUGCUGGUGGAGGUCCAGCUGCUGGAGAGUAAGACAUACCACGGGCUUAGCAACCUGCCCAAGGCCCGCGCCGCCCUCACCUCCGCCAGGACGACCGCCAACGCCAUCUACUGCCCACCCAAACUACAAGCUGCUUUAGACAUGCAGUCAGGGAUCAUUCACGCGGCGGAGGAGAAAGACUGGAAGACGGCUUACUCCUACUUUUACGAGGCCUUUGAGGGCUAUGACUCCAUUGACAGCCCCAGAGCCAUCACAGCCCUCAAAUACAUGCUGCUCUGCAAAAUCAUGCUCAAUUUGCCAGAGGAUGUCCAGUCCCUCAUCAGUGGCAAGCUAGCUCUGCGGCACGCUGGCAGACAGACAGACUCACUGAAAUGUGUGGCACAAGCCAGCAAGAACCGGUCGCUGGCAGACUUUGAAAAGGCACUAACAGAGUACAAAGCCGAGCUGAGGGAUGACCCCAUCAUCAGCACUCAUCUGACCAAGCUGUAUGACAAUCUGCUGGAGCAGAACCUCAUCAGGGUCAUCGAACCUUUCUCCAGGGUCCAGAUGGCACACAUUUCCUCCCUCAUCAAACUAUCUGAGGGAGACGUGGAGAGGAAAUUAUCACAGAUGAUCCUGGACGAGAAGUUUCACGGUAUUUUGGAUCAAGGUGAAGGAGUGCUGAUUGUUUUCGACGAGCCGGUGGUGGACAAGACAUACGAGGCGGCCCUGGAGACCAUUCAGAACAUGAGCAAAGUGGUGGACUCGCUCUACAACAAAGCCAAGAAGCUAACAUAAGAGAGAGCGAAACCAUCGGUCCUCCUGUCAGGAGCGCCGCGGGCCAGUCACACCUCCGCCGUUCGCUCACUUCAACCCGGGGAGGGACGAGGGGAGGAGGAGAGUACAAACACUUUAACACCCCAGCAAGCAAACAAACCAGCUGACCAACCGGAGACAACCCGACGGAACAACACAGCGACGGGAGUGGACGCGCCGCUCCUCCUAGUCCUCCCUCCCUCCUCUGCUCUCCCUCAUCUCUCGUCUCUUCCUCCCAAUCUGACUGGGGUUGAUCUGACUCAAUGUGCUCCUCCCUGUGAACUAAUUCAGGCACUGUGCCCCUCUUCUCUUCUCCUCCCACCACUGGUUUCUACUGUAUGUCAAAUUGGACGAGCCUCCCUUUCCCACCUUUUUUUUCCCUGUUUCUCUCUGCGCUGGCCAUCAGGGAAUCUUGUAAAAUAACAAUAAAGAAUACGUAUACAGUACUUAUACAUACAUGUAUUAUAUAUUAAAAACAAGGAGUGUAAUUGGGGGUAAACGUAGGUUGGUUGGUUGGUCUCUGUCUCUCACCGGAUUCUACCCUUUCUGUUCAGUUUGCCAACCAGCCCUGAAACUUGAAUGUUUGAAUUUCUCUGAUGGUUUUGAAGAAAUCGGCCCACAGUCAACGGCGGCCAUCAGAACAACCCCUCCCUUCUCUUCACAUCCUUACUACGACCCUUGCCCCCUCACCCCGUUUCACCCUCACUCACUCACAAGGCAUUCUGGGAUUCGUGGACCAUACAGGGAAUUUGCUCUUCUGUCCACUCGGGACCAUGCCACAAGGAGAGGAGGACAUUCAUCAACACACGGGGGAGGGGCUCCUAUACCCCUCCUGCACUCCCACUUCCUGUUUGUAUAUAACAUUGCCAAGCACCUCUGUUCAUCCAAGGCCCGAUGUAUCACACUGUCCCCCUUUUUUUAUAAUGCGUAAGAACUGUAUAAACGUCGCCCCACCGAAAGCUCGGUCAGUCAAACCAAGUGCUUUUGACGCUUGAGACUUGACCGGAGAGGAAACUCUGAGUUGUUUGGGCGGAAAAGAGAGCGGGUUUCGCCGAAGAAAAUCAUGCUGUACAUUUUUGGGAACUUAAAUUUUGCAAGGACUCGAGGGUUUACCAUAUAUGACAUAGAGAAAGACAAACGCUAAUAAAAAAAAAAUGAAACC